AUGACCAAAAUUGUAAAUGACAAAACUGACGCGAAUGUAUUGAAAGAGAGGAAGCAAAAACAUGGCGCUGUAAAAGAUGGAGGGAGUUACUGUAAGGAUGAGGGGAAAGUGAAGGUGCCCACCAAGGGCCACGACUUUUACAAUAUUAUUUUUUUACUGUUGCUAUAUACUAUACAAGGCGUCCCAAUCGGGGUCUCAUCCGUGGUCCCGCUAAUAAUUCAAGACAAAGUGAGCUACUCCCAGUUGAGCAUUUUGUCUCUAGUCAGCAUACCCUUCAGCUUAAAACUGCUGUGGGCCCCGCUUGUCGAUUCGGUGUACCAUAAGAAAAUCGGCAGGAGGAAGAGUUGGAUCAUCCCGCUUCAGCUAAUUUGCAGCUUCUCCAUGAUUUGCUGCGGGAACCACGUGAGCGUGUGGCUGGGGGAAAGGGGCCACAUGGCGAACUUGUACUUCCUGACGGCCUUCUUCUUCGUGCUGUUCUUUCUGAUGGCCACCCAGGAUAUAGCGGUCGAUGGCUGGGCGCUGACCAUGUUAUCCGAGGAGAACAAGGGACUUGCCUCCACCUGCAACAUCCUCGGACAGAACAUCGGCUACUGCGUUUCGCAGUUAUCCUUCCUGACGUUAAACAACAAAAACGUCUGCUUCUACAUUUUUAGGAAGUACAUACAGUGCAUGCACUCUAUGUUUAACCAGUCUAGCCACUACAGACAGUUGCACGAAAAUAUGGACGUAAUCUACCCAUCGUUUCAACCCUUCGUGGAUAUGAAUAUCUUUUUAAAAUUUUGGGGAGUAUUCAUUCUCGCGCUGACCAUCCUGACUUGUUUUAAAAAGGAAAUGAUGGACGAGAAUGGGAAGGAGAAGAGUGAUGGCGCGGUGGUGAACGCCCCCAGUAAAAAGAACCUCCAACCCAGUGGAGCAAACCACCACAAGGAAGGCUCAAACGAAUUCGCGAACUCCAAAGACACGUACAAAAACCUGUACCAACUGCUGUUCCUGCCGCCGAUGAAAAUAUUCAUUUUCAUAUUCCUCCUGAACCGCUUCCCAUUUGCCUCCGUGGAGGUGGGCACCAAUUUCAAAAUGCUCAAGAAGGGCAUCACCAAAGAAGAAUUCGCCAUCUUCAAUCCCUUUUUCAUUCCCAUAUCAAUCAUCUCAUCAGCCAUAAUAGGAAAAAUUACACAAAAUAUAAAACCCCUCAGUAUAUAUUACUACGGAUAUUUGCUCAGAUACUUUUCCAAUAUCAUUUUGUCCACCCUGCUACCCCUAACGGAGUAUAUCUAUUCGCGUAAAUCUGACCUUCCGCAGAUUUACUUUUAUUCCUACUACCUGUACAUUUUCGUGGCGCAGGUUUUUAACCACUUUUGCAUCGACCUCAUGACGGUCUCCUCGAUGAGCUUCCAGAACAUAAUUUCGGACCCCGAAAUUGGGGGGACCUACAUGACCUUUCUAAACACCGUUAACAACAUGGGAUCGCACUGGUCAACCAUAUUUCUCUGGCUGCUGGAUUAUACCGACCGAACGGUGUGCUACGGAGGGAAAUGCCUGCUGAUUGAUGGCUACUACACGCAAAUGGUGUUCUCCUUCAUCAUCGGGAUACUCAUAAACAAGUACAUCACAAGGUGCAUCACGAAGCUCCAGGUGGGUGUGACCAACAACUGA